AUGGCCGGGAAACAGCGGGGAAGCUUGGGGCCCCCCGGGGGAGACCCGACCCAGGUCCAGGCGGGAGAUGCCCACCGCAAGCUGGAAUCCCGUCGGGCCCAGAGCACGGCCCCUGCAGAGACGACACGGGAGCCGCAGAGCUGCCUGCGGGGGGCCACAGCGCCAACACCGAACACGAGAAGUCCCCCGGCCCCACCCCACCCCUGGCCACCCCUGGCACCUGGAGGAGCCGCUGCCAAGCGCCCCGUGAGUUUCCGGGCACCGCGCUGCCAUGGCUCCCGCCUCGCCAACCUGUACCCCGCCGGGCUGCCCGGCCGCCGGCCCUCCCAGGCUCUCAGGGCCCUGCCCAGAGGCGGCGGCAGGGAUGGCACGGGUGGCCGGGAGGCGGGACAAGGCCUGAGCUCCCACAGCCGUCUCCGAAUUACAGGGCGGCACAUCCUCUGCUGCAAGUCCCUCCAUCAGUGCACACCCCCAGCGGGCUCCAGCCCACCACCCGCAGACCCCGCCCUGAGGCUGGGUGGCCCGUCGCAGAGGAGGCAGGCGGGCCUGUGCAGGGUGGACACCCGGGUCCCUAACCCAUCUGCUGACCAGACGGGAGGAGACAGUGGGUGA